AUUUCAUCCAUGAGACGACAAAGUUAAAAUUGCAUUAAGCAUGAAAAGCAUUGAAGUGGACAGUGUACUAGAGCUUAUUCAAAAUACAAAAAACAAAAGUGAUCAAGAUAAAGGUUGUAGCAAACGGAAAAUUUAUUUAAGACAAUGGGUUAUGUGGUUAAAUUUUUUGCUGGUUCAGAUUUUACUAGGCAUGGCUUAUGGAUAUUCAGCUAUUUCACUCCAACAAUUGAAAUCAACAAAAAACGAUGAAACAAAUGAUAUAAAAUUUGAAAAUGGAGAAAUACUUGGGAGACCGCAGUUAAUAGUUGACUCUCUAGAUACGCAAUCAUGGAUAGCCUCAUCAAUGUUACUAUUCAUGAUGCCUGGCUGUUGGAUUCUAGCCGCAUCCAGCAAUAUACUUGGUCGUAAACCAAUUUUAUUGAUAUCAGUAGCAGGAUUUACUGUAUCAUGGAUGAUUAUAGCUUUCGCAAAUAAUGCUUACCAUAUUAUAGUUGGUAGAAGUUUGAGUGGAGUGUGUGUAGGGAUCAUAACAGGAUUAACAUACAUGUAUUUAGGAGAAUGUGCUAUUCCAAAGCUGCGAACAAUUUUUUAUACUCUUUUUACCGUGUCAUUUACUGUAGGUAUAGAGUUAUGCCACUUAAUAGGUACUUGGUAUCAUUGGAGAACAACAGCAUUAUUUUCUGCAGGUUUAGGAAUCAUUACGUUUUUUUCAAAUUAUCAUUUGCCUGAAAGUCCUAUUUGGUUAAUUCAUAAAAAUAAAUUGAAAAAUGCACUGAAAUCGUGGUUAUUUUUGAGAGGAAAAACAAGUGACAACGAAUUUGAAUCAAUUUGUUCAAUAAUUCAAUUUGAACUCAGACAAAAUAAAGUUAAGGAAUCUAGAAUAAUGAAAUUUUAUUCGCCUGGUUUUUGGAAACCAUUAGGUAUCCUUAUAGCACUGUUUACAACUGCACAAAUGAGCGGCAUGGCUGCUGUAUCUUUUUAUUGUACACUAAUUAUAGCUGAAAUUACUAACUCAACAAACGGAUACAUACCUACACUAAUUUUAGAUACGUUUCGUGUAGGCGGAUCUAUCAUUUUAUGUUUUUUAGCAAAACAAUUUACUACGAGAACGUUGAUGAUAUUUUCAGGAAUAUCUUGUUCAUUGACUCUAUUUUUACUGGGACUGUCUAUAUAUUUUAAUUUUUGGACACCUUGGGGUCAACUAAUUUUACUUUUUGUUCACGAAUUAACUAUUGUAAUAGGUCUAGGUCCUUUACCAUGGACAUUUUGUAGUGAACUCUUUGCAGUAAAUCAUAAAGAAGUCGGAGUUAGCAUCAUUACAAAUUAUUAUUGCAUAAUAAGUUUCGUUAUGGUAAAGGCAUGUCCAUAUAUGUUUUCAACAUUCCAACCGUGGAGAACUUUUCUAAUUUAUUCCUCGUUUACCCUAAUAGGUACAAUUGUACUUUAUUUUAUUUUGCCAAAUACUAAAAAUAAAUCAAUGAAAGAAAUAGAACUUCUAUUUUCAAAGAAUUCGACGUCUUAAAGAACCUGAAAGUGAAAACAAUCUUCGAAUAUUUUUGGUCGUUCUGUGAUUGCAAAAGAAAUGAAAUAAUUACCGAUACAUUACAAUUAUCUUGUUCAUCAUCCGAAUCUUAAAGUUUUGUAACAGAUUGUAAUAUACGAUAUAUAUGCUUCAAAAUUGUCAAAAUUCCGUGUUUUAACAUUGCGUGAUAUACAAUGCAUUUACUAAAAAUGCAUAAACUUUUUUGUUACUAUAACCAAAUAAAACGUUCGUAGAAAUCUUAUCGUAUCAUUUGGUAAAGGUAAUCCUUCA